AAUACAGCCGAGACCCCUUUUCACCACAUGGAAUGUUUAGUGUACUAUGCUUUGGAGAUGAUGCAAUUGCACCAUCGUGAAUCAAAUGACCUAGGAGAUUAUUGCUGUUUUGGGAAUUCGGGAUCACGAGUUUUCUAGUUUUGACUGCUCACGAAUAUGGCAAUUCUCUGUCAGGGGAUGGUUGAGUUCGUCGUCUUUGCUUCGUAGAGAAUAUUCUCUCAAACAAUUUGUCUGUUGGAGACAUGAAUUGGUAGUUUUUAAAUCUGCGAGAUUGCAAAACUAAGUCGAUAACACUUUUGUUCUGGGCCUUCUUACGAUAUUUUGUGGACUAUCUUCUCACGAAACUCGUCCAGCAAGAGUCGUACCAGGAUCUUCCGCUCCUCAAGCCUAUUUGAUCCAUAAUAAUCAGGACAAACAUACGGUUAAACAAUUAUGAGUUUUCCUUCAUUUCUGCACAUAUUUCAACUUCCCAGUCGCUUUGCCUCUGCACCUCUGCCUUUGUGGUCAACGACAUGUUGUUUUCAACCCAACUUAACUGACAGCUUUCCAGUUCAAGAGUUUUUGAGCCCAGUAAUCGACUCUAGUACUUCUUUCCGGAAUUCGGACAUGCCAGGGAGCCUGACUUCAAGCACGAAGACCAACCUGGGACAAUUUCAAUAACACUUUGGCCCAGAGCUCGUAUACAGCCCUCACGUCGAGCGUUACCAGCCAAAACAUUCUUUUGACAUCUUCCCACUCAAACUCAGUCCUCUCCAUAAAGUGCAGAGUUGCUCCAUUCUUUUCUAUCCUACAAGACCUCACUCCUCUCAGCCUCCGCCGAACCACAAAACCAGGGGUAGCUCCGCUCCACAACACCUAAGCGACAAGCUUACAUAAACAUUGUUUACGACCUCCUAGGUGACGCAAUUGGCUUCUUCGUACACUGCGGUCUGCAACAUUUUGUUGGAGACCCUUGACAGAGGAGACACUGCCUCGAUUUCACUUAUAUAUGAUUGACUUUGUCAGAAAGUGGUAAGAUACGCCGGUGGGUUGAAACACUAAGUGUGUCUUGAGACAAGGAAUUGGAAUCCCGUUGCCGAUGAUGACUUGAUCAAUUCUCUCUCUGUUUCCUUAUUUCAUCUACCUUUGCUGCGUCUGAAAUACAUUCUCAAUCUAUGGCUCUUUUCUGUUUUUGACUCCUUACAGUCCUUCAUUCAGUAUUUCACCAUUCCUUAAGUACAGAUUCCGGAUCCCACCAACUUGGACUUCACAAUCUUACCCAAACUCAACAAUGCGUCAUUCAUUUAUAUAUUCCCUCCUUCUCAUACCCUCACCAGCACUCACAGCAUCUCUACCAACCACAAUAUCCGUCCACAUAACCACAACCCACACAAUCCUCCACCCUCGCAUCGAAAUCACCAUCCCACCCAUCAUAAUCCCCAGCAUCACAAUCUCCGAGUUCAAAUACACACACUCGAAGUUCUCUCUCAAAUCACUCUCCCUCAACCUCCCAACACCAACAUGCGUACAAACCAUCGUCCCAGAUAAGAAAGGACAUGUUCCACCGGGAACUUGCAAUGCGUUGUGGAAUUACUAUCCGAGUUUCGUGGCUGCGGUUGUCACUGCGGGGAUAUUUGGAGCGAUUACUUUGGUGCAUAUUGCGGAAGCGAUAUAUUUCAAGACGUCAUACAGCUGGGUCAUCAGCAUGGGUCUCUUCUGGGAAACCAUCGGCUUCACCUUCCGCGCCCUCAGCGCAAAACACCAACAAUCAUCCGGUCUCCUCACCAUGUCCCAACUCUCCAUCCUCCUCGCACCACUCUGGAUGAACGCCUUCUCCUACCUAAUCCUCACCCACAUGAUCCACUUCUACCACCCCACGCAGCACCUCCUCUCCCUCCGCGCCCCCACCUUCUCCACCCUCUUCAUCCCCCUCGACAUCCUCUGCUUCAUCAUCCAACUCAUCGGCGGCUCCAUGGCCGGUGUCGGCGCCCCACCUCAGCAAAUGCAAACCGGUCUCAACAUCUACAAAGCCGGUAUCGCCCUUCAAGAACUCUUCGUAGUCCUCUUCAUCGGUCUUGCGGUGAAUUUCCAACUCACGAUGCGGCGUCUUGAGCUUGAAUACCCUGAUGUCUUGCCUAUGGAGAAGAGAACCUGGAGGAGGUUGUUGUAUGCUGUGUAUGCCUCUCUGGUGUUCAUCUCUGCUAGGAUUGUUUUUAGGCUUGUGGAGUUUAGUCAUGGCACGACGGCGGAUAAUCAGAUUCUGAAUGUCGAGUGGUAUCAGUAUGUUUUUGAUAGUAUACCUAUUUUCUUUGCGGGCUUUGUGUUUGUGGUCUGUCAUCCAGGGAUGUAUAUGCAGGGGCCAGAUUCGGUUAUACCGGUUGCGAGGUGGAGGAGGAGGUGUGCGGGGAGGCGACGGGGGAAAGAGAAGGUUGUGGUUGAUGAUGAUGGGUAUGAUGCCAUGUUACUUACGAUGAGGGGAGAUAUUUCGACGGGGAGACGUUGAGAUUGAGUUUUGGAAAUUUACUUGGUUUUCAAGUAAAGCGUGAUCAGGCAAGCUGCAAUAGCAGUGUUCCUGGAGGCUGGUAUGAGAGGGGAUAACCGAGGCAGGAGAAUCACGUGUGUAAACAAAGCAUCGUUUGAGCGACGGUUGCUUGGCUUCAUUAUUCUUUAUCCUUCAAACAAUUGCCCUGAUCAGCUUAUGCAUGUAAUCACACGCAAAUUUUAAAG